UGUCAAUUUAUUUGACAUUUGAAAUAAUAGUGGAGCGAGCUGAGCUGCAUUAUUGGUUAUAUAAUUCAGUUUUCAGUAUAAAAUCAGUAACCGAAAAUGGGAAAACACUUCGGAGAGCUUGCUAAAAUCCGUGGAUUGAUCACCUACAAGUUGUCGCCACAUGAACAACGUGCAUAUGCUGGAGCUGUAUCCAAUGGAAUCCCCAACAUGUUCCGCAGAUUCCGUGAGAGCGUCUUUAAGGUCGCCCCACCUUUCAUCCUUGGUUACCUGGUCUAUGAAGGUGUAGAGAGGGAGCACAAGCGCCUUGCACGCAAGAAUCCUGCUGAUUUUGAAAAUGAUCAAUAAAUAAGUGUUGUAAUUAAGUAAUCAAUUAUAAUUUAUGUUUUAGAUGUUUAAUUAAAACCUUAUAAAGCAA